UGCGAUUCUGGGCUGUUGCCGUGAUCUUCACCAAUUAUUUUUGUCUGUUUUUACUCGGUGAUGAGAUCAAUGAACGAUCCUCGAGGGAUACAUCACCGAGAAGACCGCAGGGGGCCCUAGGAUGACCGCCUUCUGCAUUUGGCCAGCCAAUACGAAGGCUUUUCGCACACAGGCCGGGUACUUGUCAGGCCCCACUCUGGAUGACUGCUUCAGGCCCUCAAGGGAGCCCACGAUAAGGGCAAUUUUCGGUGCCUUCGAACCCCAAUUCAAUUGAUGUACCUAAACAGGACUGGCUGGUACCUGAAUUAUUGCUCCUCCUCUUUGGCGAGAUAUUGCCCUCAGCCGGAAGCGAAAACUCGAUUAAAUAGUAAUAAUUUCAAAGCAAUAGUAGCAUUAGGAUUCGAUAAUUAAUAUGUUAUUAAAUUAAUAUGGUCUUAGUGGCAAUGUCAAAGGCAUCGCAAGGUCUUUGUCCAAUAAAAAAUGUGAAAUUUUGUAACAAACCAUUAUAAAAUAUAAAAAAACCCAUUCACAAUCGAAACACAUGUUCGCAACAACUUGGGCGGUUUGCGAAUUUCAUUAAUGCCUGGGUAGAGGUGAAAAAAAAAUUCAAUAAGGAAAUCGAAACGCGAACGGCAUACGUGACACGAUUCGAAACUGCUUAAUAAUUAAACGACUAUUUCUUUAAAUACAUUUUCAUUGUUGUCCUCUCACUUUCUGGCCAGUUGUACGGAUUUUCUCCUUUCGAGUGGACAAUUUCUAAAUUCAAGAGUGUUAACAAAUCAGAUCAAUAAAUAAUGAGAUAAAUAAUGGAUUGUAAUGAAAAACCUGAAAACCCCACUGUUCCACGAACUUGGAAAAUAAGUUUUAAUUAAUGUAUUUCGAAUCGAAAAAAUUAAUUACCCGAUUCGGAGAAAAAUAAUUUAUUCAUAAUUAUUUCAGUUCGGAUAUUUGAGAUUAGUCAGUCGUUUAUUUCAAACUUCUCUCUAACGUUCAUUCAUUUGCGGCUGUUAUAAUGUACCUCGAGUGUUUACAUUCAAUUACGAUGAGUGAAAAAAUCACAGAUUGUUCAAUCACUCGGUCGUAACGCGCAAAAGGAGUCGCACACAAUUGCUGUCAGUGUAAAAGAGUUUCUCAUUAGUUCUCGGCAUAUUUUUAUUUCAAUUGAUCGAUUUAAAAAAUCUCCGGUAAUUAAUUAAUUCAAUUUUGGAAUUAAAAAUAAGUAAAUUGUGAACAGUAAAAAUUUGCAGUGAAAUCGUGACAACUACUAGCAGAAUUAAUUGAUAAAUAAUCAUGUGGCAGUCGAUCAUUCGAGAUUUCUGGAUUUUUCCAAUGAUUCUAAUUGUUUAUGGAAUCUGGAGAUUAAGGAACUACCUCCGAGCAGUUAAAUUAAUCUUGACGUUGAAUGGGCCGAGGAUUGUUCCUUUUUUAGGGAAUACAGGAUAUCUUUACGAUGAAGAUCUGCUGAAAACAAUGUCCCACACCGCGUAUACGACGUACGGCUCAUUUUUUCGUCUCUGGGUAACAGCAUUUCCCUUCGUCGUACUCCUGGAGCCCCGUGACAUCCAGCAAGUCCUUAGCAGCACCAAACACACGGACAAAGUCCUAUUCUACAAAUUGCUGCAUAAUUUUCUCGGCAAAGGACUCAUAACGAGUGAUGUGUCAACAUGGAAAUCUCAUCGUAAAAUACUCCAGCCGAUAUUCCAUGUCAACGUUCUUGAGCAAUUCGUGAGGACCUUCAACCGCUCUUCCAAGACUUUGGUGAAGUGUUUGGAGGGCUCUGGAGAGCUAGGCGUCGAUAUCACUCGCACCGUUAAUGAUUCUGUCUACGAAAUCCUCAACGAGACAAUUCUAGGGAACAAGAAGGAAUGCGAGAUUUCGAACUCACCCUUCCGAAAGGGUCAGCUCCUGUUCUCGUACCGACUGACCCGACCUUGGCUCCUCCUGGACUGGAUCUACCGGAGGACAAGCCACGGAAAGCGUGAGCAGAGCCACAGGGACGACCUCUCCCUCGCCUGCGAGAGGGUCCUCAAAUCCGCCGGGAAAUCCAACAGCAUUUCCCUCCUGGAGUUGAUGGUAGAGGCCCAGGGGAAGCACAAGGACUUCUCGAACGACGACGUGAGGAACGAGUGCUGCACGUUCAUGCUGGCGGGACAGGACUCGGUGGGCUCCGCCUUGGCUCUGACCCUUUUCAUGCUGGCGAAACACAAAAAGUGGCAGGAGAGGUGCCACGAGGAGCUGACGAGGAUUUUCGGGGAAGGCCAGAGGGACCCGGAGGUGAGCGACCUGCGGGAGAUGCGGUGCCUCGAGAUGUGUAUCAAGGAGACCCUGCGCCUGUACCCGAGCGUUCCCUUCUUCGCUAGGACUCUUGGGGAGGACGUGAAAAUAGGAGAGAAGAUCAUCCCGAAAGGCUGUGGAGUGUUAAUAAUGCCGUACAGCACCCACAGGCUCCCCCAUCAUUAUCCGGACCCCCACGAUUUCAAUCCAGAGAGAUUCAACUCGGAAAAUUCAUCUCAAAGACAUCCCUAUGCCUACCUCCCGUUCAGCGCUGGCCCCAGGAACUGUAUCGGGUACAAGUUCGCACUGCUGGAGAUGAAGUCGCUCAUCAGUGCAGUUUUACGAAGAUUUCACCUGGACGUGGCGCCCGGGAGAGAGGAAAUUUCACCAAAAUUUCGAGUCACCGUCCGGGUGAAAGGGGGAGUGUGGGUCAAAGCUCGCCCCAGAGACCAUUCAGGAGGAAAAAAUUUAGAAUAUUGUAGAUAGAAAAAUUCACUCAGUUUAUUGAUGAGAGAAAAUGGGUUUUUUAUUCAUUUUAUGUUUUAAAUAAAAAAAUAUUUAAAAACCAA